AAAAUAGUUUGGCAAGAGCAGAGAGGUUUUUCUUCGGAAAACCUUUUGGGAGACCACAGAGACUGAACUGUGGAGUUACAGGAGCCACCUACUGUAUGUGAGUGUGUGUGAGGCACCAUGCUAGGUUUUGUGAACAGUUUGAUGGUGCGGCGCUACCUCACUUUAGUUACAGGUCUGUUUGAGUGUCUGUGCUUCUCUGGAGCUGUGUUUGGAUGGGCUUCUCUUGUUUUUAUCCUAAAGACGGAGGGCUACUUCAGUUCUCUGUGCGUCAGCACCACAGGAGUCAAUGCAACGCAGAUCUUAGAUUGCAGCGGACAGGAUGAACAGUUCUCUCUUGUUUUCACCAUCGCCUCCUUUCUGUUCAGUUUUCUGAUGCUACCAAAUGGUGUCCUCUUCGACCGGUUUGGUACUACAGUGGCUCGGCUCUUUGGAAUAACUCUUUACACCACGGGUACCUUGAUGAUGGCCUUCUCGACUGCGGCUUUAUCAAACCUGAUGUUCCCAGCUCUCGCCCUCAUGGCGUCGGGUGGCAACAUGUUUCUACUGACCAACUUGCAGUUAGGAAUCUUGUUCGGGUCACAUCGCUCCACUGUCAUCACUCUCUAUAACGGGUCCAUUGGCUCUUCAUCCGCGCUCUUCCUUGUCAUUAAGCUGUUGCAUGAGGCUGGCAUCUUUUUCCUCCCCUCCUUCCUCUUCCUCUCCGCCUGCAGCGUCCUUCACCUGCUCAGGACUUUCUUCCUGCUGCCCCGAGGCAAAAUUCCCCACCCUCUGCCUGAUGGCUACACAUGCGGGAUAACCUGUGGUAAAUCAAAGACUCUGAGCUUGGAGCAGAUAACAGCGGAGGGUAACAAUCAACCGACAACAGAGGAUGUCAAGGACGUCCCUGUGGGUCAAGAGAAGAGUUUACGUGAGUGUUUGAAGUCCAGGCUCUUCUGGUGGCACCUGCUGUGGCUGUCAGUGAUGCUGCUCAGACAUUACCUCUACAUCGGCACCCUCAACCCCAUGCUGCAUCGGCUGACGGAUGGAGAUCCUUCACUUGUGAGCUGGUACACCGAUGCCUUUGCUAUAACACAGCUGUGUGGUGUGUUGUGUGCUCCAUGGAAUGGCCUCAUCUUCGACAGAAACAAGGGCAAACCUAGCACUGAAGGAGAGAGUGAACAGGAAGCAGAUCUGAGGGCCUCAGUACUUUCUCUCUUCCUGACGGCGCUGCAGUGUGUGUUGUUCUCAGUCUGUGCCUGCAUCCCCUCCCUGCCGCUUCAGUACUUCACAUUUGUCCUGGAGGUAAUCAACCGCUCUUUCCUCUUUGGCGGCAACGCAGCUUUCAUCAAUGUGGCUUUCCCGUUGUGCCACUUUACGAAGCUGUAUGGCCUGGUCCUG